UUGUUGCCGAAAUCAGUCGCAUCUCAACUUAUAAUGGGCCAACCGGUGAUGGCGGAAAACCUUUCCGCUGAAUCUACGCCUCUGGAAGUUGUGGAUCUACUUAACGACUUGUAUACUAGUUUCGACUCCAUUAUUGAAAACUUUGAUGUCUACAAGGUGGAGACUAUUGGGGAUGCGUACAUGGUGGUAUCAGGUCUCCCAAUGCGCAAUGGUAAUCGUCAUGCCGCUGAAAUUGCAAGAAUGUCUCUCGCCCUCCUCCGAGGAGUCAGGGUAAAGACCGUUCCACAUCGACCAGGGGAAAGACUACUGCUGAGAAUUGGAAUGCAUUCAGGUCCGUGUGUUGCUGGAGUUGUGGGUUUGAAAAUGCCCAAGGUAUUGUCUUUUUGGCGAUACGGUGAAUACCGCAUCAAGGAUGGAAUCACACGGAGAGGCUCUUAA